CAUAUUCUUUGUUGCCAUUAACGUUCAUUUUACAAUAUCAGUUCACUUUAUAAAAACUAUAGCCUGAAUGUCAUGUAAGUUAUUGUCUUUGUUAGCUGAAUAAGAACUGAAUAACUCAAGUCCAAAGUCCGAUUGAGCCAAAAGUGCAUCCGUUUAAAGUUGGAUAGGUAUUCACUAGUUAUUUUACUGUUUUGUAAAAUGAUAAGUGCUCAUCAUAUUAAUUUUUGGUUUAGUAUGGAUUACGUUAUAUGUCUGUAUGUUCUAUGGCUACAUUAUGGAGCAUCAAUGACAAAAUGAUCUCUUCAUCUAACCUUCGCAGAAGUGCAUCGAGAUCGGUUGUGGAACAAGGCCUAUCGGCACGCAAAGUGCAGAACCCACCUAGUGCAAACCCACUUAUUGCAAGAAGAUUGAAGAGCAUCUUACUCCAGAAAAGAGAUGUGUUUGUGCUAGUGCUAGAUAUCCUUGCUAGUAACGUCUCAACACUCCUAACAGCCCCACCUAGGGUAACACCCUUACUUAGGGUGGUAACACUGUUUUCUAUGUUCUUCUACUGUUGGUUUUCAAUGAGAAAUCUGAGUCAUAAAUUCAGCUUUAAAUACGAGUGGACUAUAUGAUGUGAUAAAUAAAGAUGUUAAGAGCUACAA